AUGCUCCAAGAAACAAUCAACGAGGAGCUGCCAAUGGAGAUGAUGGAGGAGAUGCCGUCCGCAGCACCACCGCGACGACCCCACCACCAGUCAGACCCGCUUUAUGACUAUCGGAGGGAGCACCUGGCGUUGCAAGAGCGGCUGGCGGAGAUAUGGGGACCGGAGGCCCCAUACACGCCUGUGCCGGAGGAGACGUCGUCGUGGUUCAAGCGGUACUACUACGGGUGGGUGUACGAGACGGUGGUGCUCGCGUCAAAGGAGAAGCUGGAGCACGAGGCACUGCCCCCGCCGACGCGGGAUGCGCGCGCGCACGACUGCGGGCUGCGGCUGUCGCGUGCUGUGCAGGCUGCGAUGUACGAGCGUAACGCGUGGCACUGCAUGGUUGGGGCGGAGGUCGUGAGCACGCUGGACGCUUCGAGUCGCGGCGUUCUGCGGUGGGUUGGGGUGCCGCAGCAGGGCGGGUACACGCGGAUGAUGGCUGGCGUGGAGUGGAGCGUGCCGCCGGCUCUGCGCACCGCUGCGAGGUCCGACGACAGCGGUGUGUCGCCGUUCUUCGACGGCGUUGCGCACGGCGAGCACCUGUUCACACCUGAGCAGAGUGGCAUGUCGACGCUGGAGGAGACUACGACGCUGAGGUGGGACCUGACUGGCCGCGGCGGCGUGGUGGAGAUUCCGACCCCGAAGCGCGUGCCUCUGACACAGCUCCUGGCGUUCAAGCUGCCCUACUACCUGUGGAUGCAAGUGCCGUUUGUCCUUGUCAGCAGCAUCUGCAUCGUCGCGUUGCCGAGCAUCCUGCAGGCGUUCGUCGCCUUCUUGGGCGAUGACCCAAGCACGCAGACGUGGGGUCGCGGCCUUGGCCUUGUAGCGGGAAUAUUCCUCGUGCAGGCGUUGCAGAGCGUGUGCUCUCAGCGCUACAACUACAUUUCUUUCCGCUGCGGCUUGCAGUACCGCUCCGUGCUGAGCUCGCUGAUCUUCGAGAAGUGCAUGAUCAUCUCCGGCAAGUCGCUCGCGCAGCCGGAUAUGAACGCGGGGCGCAUCAUCAACAUGGUGAGCACCGAUGUGGAGCAGGUAUACUUUUUUAUGCUCUUCUGCAUGCUGUUGUGGAGCAGUCCGAUCGUGCUUCUUCUCGCCAUUGUGCAGCUCUGGCGGUUGGUCGGCUGGUGCGCCAUCAUGGCCAUCAUCUCCUUCCUCGCCACCAUUCCGCUGAACACCUUCCUCAUGGGCAUCCAGAUGCGGGCACGCCAGGACAUCGCAAAGGCUGCCGACGCUCGAGUCAAGGCAACGAACGAGUUCUUCUCCGGCAUCCGCGUCGCCAAGUUUAUGACGUGGGAGCCUUGCUUCGUCGCGAGCAUCGAGUCAAAGCGCGCGGUGGAGCUGUUCUUUCUCAAGAAGAUUCAAAACGCGCGCGUGGCCACGUCGUUCGUGAGCAAUGCCACACCCAUGCUGAUGAUCGCCCUCGUCUUCACCGUGUACUACUGCACCGGUCACGAGCUGAGUUCCACUGUUGUCUUCCCCACCAUUGCGCUGCUCGGCGUCCUCCGCCAACCUUUUCAGCACAUUCCGUGGAUGUUCACGAUGGCGGUGCAGUAUCUCAUUUCCAUUGGCCGCAUUCGAAGGUUCCUCGAGUGCGACAACGCCACCUGCUCCACUGUGCAGGACAUGGAGGAGUACGCGAGGGAGCAGAGCGAGCACAGCGCUGCCUGCCAGCUUGCCGCUGUGCUGGAGAACGUCGACGUGACUGCGUUUGUGCCCGUGAAACUGCCGUUUGCGCCGUGUUUGCACGUGCCGUUCGUUCCGCGCGUGCUGCGGAUGCUGUGCUGCGGGCGCUGCCGGCCUGCGAAGCAGUACUCCGCGCCGGCGGCUGUGGCCGAGGAUGUGUACGCGGUUUCGCAAUCAUCACCCUCCUCGCCGUCUUCGUCGCCAUCUCCGCGCGGAGGCGGUAAUCAGAAGGGUAAUCCUGAGGCGGAGUGGUACGAGCUGGAGCCGAAGGUGCUGCUGCGCGACGUGUCUGUGAGUGUCCCGCGCGGAAAGCUGACGGUUGUGCUUGGCGCGACGGGGAGCGGGAAGUCGACGCUGCUGCAGUCGCUGCUGUCGCAGUUCGAGAUCAGCGAGGGCCGCGUGUGGGCGGAGCGGAGCAUCGCGUACGUGCCGCAGCAGGCGUGGAUCAUGAACGCGACGGUGCGCGGCAACAUCCUGUUCUUCGACGAGGAGGACGCCGCGCGGCUCGCGGAUGCCGUGUGCGUGAGCCAGCUGGAGGCGGACCUUGCGCAGCUUGGCGGGGGGCUGGAGACGGAGAUCGGGGAGAAGGGCGUGAACCUGAGCGGCGGGCAGAAGGCGCGCGUGAGCCUUGCGCGCGCCGUGUACGCGAACCGCGACGUGUACCUGCUGGACGACCCCCUGUCCGCGCUGGACGCGCACGUUGGCCAGCGCAUCGUGCAAGACGUUAUCCUUGGGCGGCUGCGCGGCAAGACGCGCGUGCUUGCGACGCACCAGGUGCACG